UCCGGCGUCUCUCGCUCGGUUCUUCCUUAACAAGAAACAAAAGAAAAAAGCGAAAUCAAGACGCAAGAUGGCAUCUGGUCUGGUUCUCUCCUUCCGGCCGGCCGUGAUCCGUGCUUCUGCCACCCCUGGAGGCGACCGGCGGUCCGAGGGGAGCGGGCGGAGAGGAGGUGGCAACUGGUGGGCCCCGCUGUUCGGGUGGUCUUCGGAGCCGGACUACAUCGACGGUGGCGAGAAGGAGUCCGAGGCUGUAGAGGGGAAGCGGCGGCGGCCGGUGCGGCGGUUCGCUCCGUUAACGGAGGAAAAGGCGAGGGAGCUACGGAUGAGGACCAUGGAGACGGAGACCUUCCACGACGUUAUGUACCACUCGGCCAUCGCCUCCCGCCUCGCCUCCGAUCUCCCGCCCCGCCGAGCCGCCCACUAGUUUGUUCGACUAUAUUAAGUAAUCCCUUUUCUUAAGCAUUAGCAAAUUCGUCGACUAUGAUUGAUUAUUAGAAGGAGAAAACCAAGCCCCUCUUUUUUUAUUUUUUUUCUCUUUCUUCUUUUGUAUUUUCUUUGUACAUAUGAAUGGAGGAAUGAUGCUCCUCACGGGAGAUCGUUCUUUUCCUCUGGUGUAGUGGACCUUGGUAAGCCACUUUGAGCCGUCUGAUUAAGAUCGGACCUUUGUCAGGUGUCGGGCUUGCAGAUCCGUCCUGCUGGAAUCUUCUUUCUGCUGGAUGUGCAGUUGAAUCUCUAGCCGUCUGAUCUAGAUCUGAAGGUCUUUUUUUUUUUUUCCGUUAAAAUAAGCUAUCGGAUAAGCUCUCAGUAAUAUUAGGGCAGCUAUCGGAUUGCAGGCCUUUUUCAAUUGUUUUCGGCUGCCCCGUUUACUUGGGGGUUUGGAGCACGAACCUUGUCCAGAUUACUUCUCAACUUUCUGUCGAUUAUUUGGCCGACGCAAUUAUUUUGAAAAGAAGGAUUUAGAAUUGACAUUAA